AUGGAAACAGCUAAAAAGCUUAAGUUGAAAUCAUCAAGAUUCUUCGAAAAAGAGAUGAGCUCAAAAGCAUAGGAGUUGAUAGAAGAAAUAAAAUUAAAGGACAGAAGUCACUUAAGAUUGAGAGAAUGGUAUAAAAGAAAUCACUAUGAAAAGUGUCUUAAAGAUUUGCGAAAAUAAUAUGAAAAAUAUUUUACUAUAGCAAAAGUAGAUGGGCGCACAUUCACCGCUGAACAAUUUGUGAAUCAAUUCGAAAUUCCAGACAUUCCGUGUAUAAUAACCAAUACAACAGAUGAUUGGAACGUUGAAAAAUAUUGGACUUUUGAGAAAUUAUAUCAACUUUAUAAAGAGACCUCCUUCAAAAUCGGAGAAGAUGACAAAGGAAAAAAGCUAAGAUUGCCAUUCAAAUAUUUUCUUGAAUACUUAGUAUAUAAUAAGGAUGAUUCUCCUCUUUACUUAUUUGAAAGGUAUACUAAUCAAUAAUCAUCUCAUAAUAUGAUUGGAAGAUACAAAUAACAUAAAUACUUUUAAGAUGACUUCCUUUCCUUGGUGGGAGAGAAGCAUCGUCCUCCUUAUAGGUGGGUUUUGGUUGGACCAAAACGAUCAGGUACUACAGUUCAUAUAGAUCCAUUAAUGACUAGUGCGUGGAAUACAUCAUUAUAGGGACAUAAAUUAUGGGUUCUCUUCCCUCCAGAUAUACCAAAGUCAAUAGUAAAGGCCAAAGGACUUGCAGCCAAGAAGGAAAUCGACUUUGAAGUGUUGGAUGAAUCCAUAGAUUACUUUCUUUAUGCUUUGCCAAAAUUGAUUGAAAAAGAAGGAGCCGAUAAUCUAAAGAUUGUAAUGUGUGUAUAAGGUCCUGGAGAUACGAUAUUUGUUCCUGGGGGUUGGUGGCAUGCAGUGUUAAAUUUGGAUAAUUCAGUGGCUUUAACUUAGAAUUUCAUGUCAAUCAAUAAUUUUGAUAAGAUUUGGAGGUAAAGGGAUAUUGAAAGGCCAAAGUUUAGUCAAAGAUUAAUGGAGACCUUUAAAGAGAAGAGGUCCGAUUUGUAUGAAAGAGCACUUAAAUUAGAUGAGAUCGACAAGAACGAAUUUAGAGUGCUGAAGGAUGCCAAUCCAUUGAGUUCCGAUGAUUCAUCUGGUAGUUCAUCAUCAAGUAGUUCUAGUAGUUCGUCUAGUAGUUCCAGUUCCGAUGAUGAUGAUUGA